GGUUGAAGCUGCCUGCCAGGGCUGAUAAGAGACCUCUGAGGCUCCAACAAACGGUUUAUCACUGGGGUGUGGUGGGCAGCCCAUAGGGUUCAGGAGGGGGCGCGAGCAUGGAGCGGCUUCGGGGUCUACUCCAGAGAGCGUACCAGUGGUCCCCAGGACCCUCUCAGACCAUCUACAGGCGUGUGGAAGGCCCCCUCCAGGGGCACCUGGAGGAGGAAGAAGAAGACAGGGAGGAGGCCGAGUUGCCUGCCCACUUCUGCCCCAUGGAACUGAAGGGCCCUGAGCCCCUGGGCUCUACACCUGGGCUGGCAAAUUUUAUACCCUGGGCAGCAGCAGGACGAAGGGCUGCCCCCUACCUGGUCCUGACUGCCCUACUGAUCUUCACUGGGGCCUUCCUCCUGGGCUAUGUGGCCUUCCGAGGGUCCUGCCAGGCAUGCGGGGACUCCGUAUUGGUGGUCAGUGAGGACUCCAACUAUGAACUGGGCCUGGACUCCCACCAGGGUACGUUGUACUGGAGUGACCUCCAGGCCAUGUUCCUGAAGCUUCUAGGGGCGAGGCACCUGGAGGAUACCAUCAGGCUAACCAGCCAUCGGGAACGGGUGGCCGGCUCUGCCGGGAUGGCCGCCCUGUCCCAGGACAUCCUAGCGGUGCUGUCCCGCCAGAAGCUGGACCACGUGUGGACCGACACGCACUAUGUGGGGUUACAGUUCCCGGACCCGGAUCACCCCAACAUCCUGCACUGGGUCGAUGAGUCUGGGAGGGCUGGAGAGCAGCUGCCGCUGGAGGACCCUGACGCCUACUGCCCCUACAGUGCCACAGGCAACGCUACGGGGAAGCUGGUGUACGCCCACUAUGGGCGGCCGGAGGAUCUGCAGGACCUGCGGGCCAGGGGCGUGGAGCCGGCCGGCUGCCUUCUGCUGGUGCGCGUGGGGAUGACCAGCUUUGCCCAGAAGGUGGCCAGUGCCCAGGACUUUGGGGCCCGAGGAGUACUCAUAUACCCUGACCCAGCAGACUUCUCUCAGGACCCACACAAGCCAACCCUGCCCAGCCACCUGGCUGUGUAUGAACAUGUGCAUCUGGGAACUGGAGACCCCUACACACCUGGCUUCCCUUCCUUCAAUCAAACCCAGUUCCCUCCAGUGGAAUCCUCGGGCCUCCCCAGCAUCCCUGCCCAGCCCAUCAGCGCAGACAUAGCUGAACCUCUGCUUAGGAAGCUCAAAGGCCCUGUGGCCCCCCAGGAAUGGCAGGGACACCUCCCAGGCUCCCCUUAUCACCUGGGCCCUGGGCCAAGUCUGCACCUAGAGGUCAACAACCACAGAACCUCCACCCCCAUCACCAACAUCUUUGGCUGCAUUGAGGGCCAUGCAGAACCAGAUCACUAUGUUGUCAUUGGGGCCCAAAGGGAUGCAUGGGGCCCAGGAGCAGCCAAGUCCGCGGUGGGGACUGCCAUACUGAUUGAACUGGUUCAGACGUUUUCCGCCAUGGUGAGCAAUGGCUUCCGUCCCCGCAGAAGUCUUCUCUUCAUCAGCUGGGAUGGAGGUGACUUUGGCAGUGUGGGCUCCACCGAGUGGCUAGAGGGCUACCUCAGCAUGCUGCACCUCAAAGCUGUAGUCUAUGUGAGCCUGGACAAUGCAGUGCUGGGGGAUGACAAGUUCCAUGCCAAGACCAGCCCCCUUCUGAUCAGCCUCAUUGAGAACAUCCUGAAGCAGGUGGACUCUCCUAACCACAGUGGGCAGACCCUGUACGAGCAGGUGGUGCGCACCAAUCCCAGCUGGGAUGCUGAGGUGAUCAAGCCCUUGCCCAUGGAUAGCAGCGCCUAUUCCUUCACGGCUUUCGCGGGGGUCCCCGCCGUGGAGUUCUCUUUCGUGGAGGACGACGAGGCAUACCCCUUCCUGCAUACGAAGGAGGACACAUAUGAGAACCUGCACAAGAUGCUUCGAGGCCGCCUGCCAGCUGUGGCCCAGGCUGUGGCCCAGUUUGCCGGGCAGCUUCUCAUCCGCCUGAGCCACGAUCACCUGCUGCCCCUGGACUUCGGCCGCUACGGGGACGUGGUCCUCGGACACAUCAGCAGCCUCAACGAGUUCUCAGGGGACCUCAAGGCCCGCGGGCUGACCCUGCAGUGGGUGUACUCGGCACGGGGGGACUAUAUCCGCGCCGCCGAGAAGCUGCGGAAGGAGAUCUACAGUUCCGAAAAGAGCGACGAGAGGCUGAUGCGCAUGUACAACGUGCGCAUCAUGCGGGUGGAGUUCUACUUACUGUCCCAGUACGUGUCGCCGGCCGAUUCCCCGUUCCGCCACAUCUUCCUGGGUCGUGGAGAGCACACGCUGGAUGCCCUGCUCGACCACCUGCGGCUGCUGCGCUCCGAUGGCUCCGGGGCCCCCAGGGCCUCCUCCUCCGGGAUGGCGCCUGGUCCCGGCUUCCAGGAGAGUCACUUCCGGCGCCAGUUGGCCCUGCUCACCUGGACGCUGCAGGGGGCAGCCAACGCACUCAGCGGCGACGUCUGGAAUAUCGAUAACAACUUCUGAGGCCCGCCUGCCCAGAGCCCCACGUGCCCUUGUCCCCUGUCCCAGAACUGUCCAUCCCCCUGCUUGAGCGGCGAGGGGCGAAGGGAGUGGUAGCUC